AUGUCUGAACCACCCCCGAGAUUUGAGGGAUGGAUGGGCCUCGAUAAAGAAUCAGCUCGGGGUCAAAUGGUUUGGCAAUCUUUCGAGCCAAAGACAUGGGAAGAAUCAGAUGUGGACAUUCGCAUCACUCACUGCGGUGUUUGCGCUUCUGAUAUUUGUGUCUUGCGGAGCGGAUGGCGUCCAACUCCAUACCCGUGCUGCGUGGGCCACGAAAUUGUUGGCACUGUUGUUCGAGUCGGGUCGCAAGUAAAAGGACUUGCUAUCGGUGACCGCGUGGGUGUCGGCCCCCAGAGCGACUCGUGCCGCGGUCGUAAAGACGGUCAUUGUGUGGAAUGCAGUACUGGAAAUGAGAAGUACUGUACGCAGAUGUGGACAGGUACUUAUGGAGGUCGCUAUCUCGACGGGAGCAUGUCUUAUGGCGGAUAUUCGCUAUAUAAUCGGGUGCCUGCGCACUUCGCAGUCAAAGUCCCAGAAAAGAUUUCCUCUGCUGCUGCUGCCCCGAUGCUGUGUGCCGGCGCAACGGUCUAUGCACCCCUCAAGGAGUAUGGCUGUGGACCAGGAAAGAAGAUUGGUAUUAUUGGAGUCGGAGGGCUGGGACAUUUCGGCAUUAUGUUCGCAAAGGCAUUGGGCGCAGAUUGGGUUUCUGCCUUCUCACGCAAGGCUUCAAAGCGUGAUGAUGCUCUGAAAUUGGGAGCAGACACCUACAUUGCGACGUCUGAGGAUGAAAAUUGGGUGGCCCAGCACGCAGGCUCCUUGGAUAUCAUUGUUUCGACUGUUUCGUCCAACACACUUCCGAUUACCGACUACUUGAAGCUUUUGAGACCUAAUGGUGCUUUUGUGCAAGUGGGCAACCCGGAAGAUGGUCCAUUCACAUUACCUGCAGGCGCGUUGAUCGGCUCGGGUCUUAAGUUUUGUGGUUCGAAGAUCGGUAAUCCCAGUGAAUUGCGUGAGAUGCUUGCGCUUGCAGCGGAAAAGAAUGUCGAGCCGUGGAUCGAAGAGCGACCUAUGAAAGAAGCAAACCAGGCCAUUCUCGAUAUGGACCAGGGUAAGGCUCGCUAUCGCUAUGUUUUGGUGAACUGA